CAGGCUCCCUGCUGAGCACGGAGCCCGAUGUGGGACUUGAUCCCAGGACCCUGGGAUCAUGACCUGAGCUGAAGACAGACGCUUAACUGACUGAGCCAGCCAGGCAUUGCUGCUGUUGUGUUUAUAGCUUGUAUUGCAAAUAGUAGAAAUAAUGGUUUUCUAUAAUAAAUAGGAUUCACAUUUUAUUUCAUAUUAUUAUCAAAAGAGUACAGUCUCUUAAAGGAAAUCUUUCAUGGGUAGAUAUUUUUAUUUGAAAUUUUAAUAUAGCAUUUUGUACUUCUGGAUACUUGAAUUACUCAGAUACAAAUCCCCACUGAAUAAUGAGGCAAGAAAAUGUAUACACUGCUUUAAAGUAGUAAAAACAAUGUAAAGUAAACAUAAAAAAAAAAGAAAAUAGCAUUUCCUCUCUGAUUCUAAAGUUCAUACCUACACAGAAAAGACAAAAAAGAUAAAACACACAUUAUCCCAGAUUUUACCCUUAGUAGACAUUAUUCACCUUUAUAUUUUGGUGAUUAUUCUUCCAGAAUGGUGUGUGUAUGCCUAUAUUUCUAUAUCAAAUUUAAUCAUAUACAGUUUUAUGAGUGUGCAUUAUUGUGUGUAUAUACAAUGCAUUUGUUUUUCUCUCAACAUGUUUUUCACAUGUGAUAUGUAUGUAUACAUGGACACAUUUUUAUGUAAUUAUGUAAAUGGGAUUGUACUGUAUAUGUUAUUCUGUAGUUUUUUUCAUUCAGUGGGUUAUAAAGAUAUUUUCAUGUCAUUGAAUAAUACAGGUAUGCAUUAUCCUUUUAAUGUCUGUGUACUAUGUUUCUAUAGAUGUACCUGAUUGAUUUUGAUCAGUCAAAUGGCAGCAGUGGUUCUCAAAUGGGCUUUGGUUCUAGGGAGUACUCUGGGCCAGAAACCCUAUGUAAUCUCGUUUUGGAGGGACACCAAGGUGUAGAUGUGAGUUAAAUGGCUUUUCUUUGUAGACACGGUUUUCUCUGGUGACUCUUGGAAUUAGUGCUUCCAACUGGGGAGAGGGCUUCCAGUAAUAAGGGCUCAAGGAGUGAGUUCCUUUAUGGAGUGUGGGGCUUCAGGUAUGAAGUGACAGGAUUGGCCAAGGGUUUAAAGUGAAAAGGAAUUAGGAAUGUUGGGAUGGAAUUGACAGAGAAUAUAAUGCAAACAAUUAAGGCCUCCGGUUCAGGUCAGCAGAACAAAGCAGAAAGUAGAGGAGAGACUUAUCAGUUGUGGAAAGGAAGGGAAGUUUUUUUUAUUUUUUUCGUUAGGCCAGUUGUGGAGAUGGACUUCAUGCAGAGGUAUAAUUGCCCUCAUUCAUGGAUUGGGCAUUUAUCAACCUCUCCACUUCUCCUACACCUGCACAGUUAAUAAGCCGUUCCCAGGCUUCCAGUUCUACCAGCGGCAGUAUUACCCAACAGACUAUGUUACUAGGGAGUACCUCCCCUACCCUAACGGCAAGCCAAGCUCAAAUGUAUCUCCGAGCUCAAAUGCUGAUUUUCACACCCGCUACCACUGUGGCUGCUGUACAGUCUGACAUUCCUGUUGUCUCGUCGUCAUCGUCAUCUUCCUGUCAGUCUGCAGCUACUCAGGUUCAGAAUUUAACAUUACGCAGCCAGAAGUUGGGUGUAUUAUCUAGCUCACAGAAUGGUCCGCCAAAAAGCACUAGUCAAACUCAGUCAUUGACAAUUUGUCAUAACAAAACAACAGUGACCAGUUCUAAAAUCAGCCAACGAGAUCCUUCUCCAGAAAGUAAUAAGAAGGGAGAAAGUCCAAGUCUGGAAUCACGAAGCACAGCUGUCACCCGGACAUCAAGUAUUCACCAGUUAAUAGCACCAGCUUCAUAUCCUCCAAUUCAGCCUCAUCCUCUAAUAAAACAUCAGCAGAUUCCUCUUCAUUCUCCACCUCCCAAGGUUUCCCAUCAUCAGCUGAUAUUACAGCAGCAGCAACAGCAAAUUCAGCCAAUCACACUUCAAAAUCCAACUCAAGACCCUCCCCCAUCCCAGCACUGUAUGCCACUCCAAAACCAUGGCCUUCCUCCAACUCCUAGUAAUGCUCAGUCACAGCAUUGCUCACCAAUUCAGAGCCAUCCCCCUCCUUUACCAAUGUCUCCUAGUCAGUCCCAGUCAGCACAGCAAUCUGUAGUGGUGUCUCCCCCACCGCCUCAUUCACCAAGUCAGUCUCCUACUAUAAUUAUCCAUCCACAGGCACUUAUUCAGCCACACCCUCUUGUGUCAUCAGCUCUCCAGCCAGGGCCAAACCUGCAGCAAUCCACUGCUAAUCAGGUGCAGUCUACAGCACAGCUGAAUCUUCCAUCCCAUCUUCCACUUCCAGCUUCCCCUGUUGUACACAUUGGCCCAGUUCAGCAGUCCGCUUUGGUGUCCCCAGGUCAGCAGAUUGUGUCUCCAACAUCACACCAGCAGUAUUCAACCCUGCAGUCCUCUCCAAUCCCAAUUGCAACCCCUCCGCAGAUGUCGGCAUCUCCUCCAGCUCAGAUUCCACCACUGCCCUUGCAGUCUAUGCAGUCUUUACAAGUGCAGCCUGAAAUUCUAUCCCAGGGCCAGGUUUUGGUGCAGAAUGCUUUGGUGUCAGAAGAGGAGCUUCCAGCUGCAGAAGCUUUGGUCCAGUUGCCAUUUCAGACUCUUCCUCCUCCACAGACUGUUGCGGUAAACCUACAAGUACAACCACCAGCACCUGUUGAUCCACCAGUGGGAAUGCAUUUGAACCAGUGUCAUCUGCACAAAGUUUUUUCUCUUAAGGUUUAUCAAGUAGAAGAUGUGUGUGAAGAAGAAAUGCCAGAAGAGUCAGAUGAAUGUGUCCGGACGGACAGAACCCCACCACCACCCACACUAUCUCCAGCAGCUAUAACUGUGGGGAGAGAAGAUUUGACUUCUGAACAUCCUUUGUUAGAGCAAGUGGAAUUACCUGCUGUGGCAUCAGUCAGUGCUUCAGUAAUUAAAUCUCCAUCAGAUCCUUCACAUGUUUCUAUUCCUCCACCUCCACUCUUACUUCCUGCUGCUACCACGAGGAGUAAUAGUACAUCCGUGCCCAGUAGCAUUCCCAGUAUAGAAAACAAACCUCCACAGGCUAUUGUUAAACCACAGAUCUUAACCCAUGUUAUUGAAGGCUUUGUGAUUCAGGAGGGAUUGGAGCCAUUUCCUGUGAGUCGUUCAUCUUUGCUAAUAGAACAGCCUGUGAAAAAAAGGCCUCUUUUGGAUAAUCAGGUGAUAAAUUCUGUAUGUGUUCAGCCAGAGCUACAGAAUAAUACAAAGCAUGCAGAUAAUUCAUCUGACACAGAGAUGGAAGACAUGAUUGCUGAAGAGACAUUAGAAGAAAUGGACAGUGAAUUGCUCAAGUGUGAAUUCUGUGGGAAGAUGGGAUAUGCUAAUGAAUUUCUUCGGUCAAAACGAUUCUGCACUAUGUCCUGUGCCAAAAGGUACAAUGUUAGCUGUUCUAAAAAAUUUGCACUUAGUCGUUGGAAUCGUAAGCCUGAUAAUCAAAGUCUUGGGCAUCGUGGCCGUCGUCCAAGUGGCCCUGAUGGGGCAGCAAGAGAACAUAUCCUUAGGCAGCUUCCAAUUACUUAUCCAUCUGCAGAAGAAGACUUGGCUUCUCAUGAAGAUUCUGUUCCAUCUGCUAUGACAACACGCCUGCGCAGGCAGAGUGAGCGGGAAAGAGAACGUGAGCUUCGGGAUGUGAGAAUUAGGAAAAUGCCUGAGAACAGUGACUUGCUACCAGUUGCACAAACAGAGCCAUCUAUCUGGACAGUUGAUGAUGUCUGGGCCUUCAUCCAUUCUUUGCCUGGCUGCCAAGAUAUCGCAGAUGAGUUCAGAGCACAGGAGAUUGAUGGACAGGCCCUUCUUUUGCUAAAAGAAGACCAUCUUAUGAGUGCAAUGAAUAUCAAAUUAGGCCCGGCCCUAAAGAUCUGUGCACGCAUCAACUCUCUGAAGGAAUCUUAACAGGAUCAUGAGGCUGUGAGAAAACAGCAGUUUUUACUCUUCUUAAACAGACUUGUAAGGUAAAGGCUCAAGUUGGCCUAGAAUAUUAUCAUAUAUUGUGGUGGAUAGCCAAGCACAUUGGGAUCUCCACAUCAAAAGCUGACAUUUCUUCUACAGAUAUGAUUCAUCAUACAUUUUCAUAAGUAGUCAACAUUGGUAAAAUUAAUUUUACAGGUUACAUGCAACAAUGAAAGACUGAUAUAGAGGGCCAUGAUAUUUUUCAAAGAAACGUGUUAUACUAGAUAAUUUUUUAAAGGUGAUGUUUAUCGUUAAUAUAAAGAAUCCUUUUAAAAGUAAUUUAAUGAUUUACAUUUCUCCUCUUUUGAUUCGGUUUUCUUAUACAUUUUUCUACCCUGUAAGUUUUCUAUAGGUUGUCAUGAGAGAGAUAAUUUAGGAGUAAUUUAGGAAUAGUUUAGGAGUCCAGUGACUGGAAUUGUAUGCAAUGAGAUAUCAGUGUGCAUUUAAAAAAACGUCUGUCAGACAAUUGCUUUGUCUAUAAAAAAAGGAUUGCAUUCUAGCAUGAAUAAUACUGAUCUGGAAGUCAGAAGAGUUGGUUUCUGUUCCAAACUUGACUAAGAAUUUGGUGCGGCUGAGAAAGUUUUCCUCUUAGUUUUUGUACAUUUAGAUUAAUGGUUCUCAACAGAGGUUAGUGUUGCUGCCCAGGGGACAUUUGACAACGUCUAGAGACAUUUUGGUUGUCAUAGCUUGGAGGGGCUGGGUAGGGUUGUUAUUGGCAUCUAGACCAUGGAGCACAGGGAUGUUGCUAAAUAUCCCACAGUGCACAGGAUGGUCCUCCAAAACAAAGAUUUAUCGGGUCCAAAAUAUCAAGUAGUGUCAAAGUUUGGAAACCCUGGUGUAGGAGUGAUAAAUGUUGCUCUUUUUUACCCAAAGGGAUAAUUUGAAAAGAUGGAGCACAAUAAGGAAUACAUGAUACAGUGGAUGUAUUUCAGAUAGUAUUAAUGUUCUGCUGAAGUAUUUUUCCCAGUUUUACGCAUCCCAGAAAAAAGGGAAAAGUCCACUAAAUUGACCUGUAAAAUAAAGACUAGGAUACAAAUAAUUUGACUCUCUGAAAGUACAGAUUUCUAUUAAUUAUCUUUCGUAUCUGCUCUUCUGCACUGAUGAAGGCAUAAUGUGAUUAUACCAUAUGAACCAGUGCAUAGCCUUACAAGGAGUCCAAGCUUACUUGGUGUGACAGUAGUUUGUAGUGGAUAUGUGGUUGGUCUUUAGAUUUUUUUCUAACCUUGAACAUGCUGGGUCUAGCUAGAAUGCACAUUCCUUUUUCUUGACUAAACCCUUGCAUGCUUCCUACAAAGUACCCACCAAGUAAUAUCUCUUGGAUUAUCAGACCUAAUUUUGUAAGUACAUGGUUUAGGGAAAAAAGUUUUAAGGCAAAAUUUUUCACUGAAUAGUGUCCUAUCAGAAUUAUGACAAUAAAACAAAAUUGUUGUGGGAGCCGUGAGAGCCUGAUAGUCCUGGACAUAAAAAAUUUGUUUUAAUCUUUUUUUUUUUUUUUAUCUUUGCCACACGAUGGAAAUGUUUUAAAAUAGAAGGAACAUACACAGAUAUUUGGCAGGAGUUCAGUAAGUGGGGAAGGAAGAGUCCAUGGGUUUCAGUCAUUGUCACUGCUCUUUUCAAAAAGAUUGUGUUGAGCUAGUAGAGGACUAAAGAUGUCAUUAAAGACAUCACAGAUAUUUAUCUUUUGGCUUUGUGUACAUUAGAGAAUGUUGAUUAUUUUUAUACAAAAAUACAGCGGGUAAUUUUUUUAAUCUUUAGAUGCCUCUUGUUUGAAUGUAUGCUUUGUGGGAUUCUUUUGUGUAGUAAUGUUUUAAAAAAAGAUGUUUACUGACAGUUAUGUGUAGGAUUAGAAUGUGUAAUAUAGUGUAAGGCUCAUUUUCCAGACCUACAAUAGCUUGUAGUCUACGUUACAUUAUUUCUUUAUAUCACAUUUUUAAUUAUUGGAUUAAAGUUUCAAGGAAAGGUAGGUACUCUGUAUUCAUUUGUUAGCAGUUAAUCGUUAUGACAGAGUCGUCAUAUGCUUGACUUUCCCCCCCCUCAUCUUGCAGUUUCAGAACACAAGUAUAGGCUGAGCAUUAGUAGGAGAUGGUCCACUGAAGGGGUAGGGAGGGCGUGGAGGGCACAAAGGAAAAUCUCCCCUGGAAUUAAAACUUUUUCAUAGAUAAUCCACAAGCAAUUGAUUAUUUGGGGAUAGACUCCCCUAGCAAUAAUGAUUACCUCCCAUAACUAUAUUAUCUCUAGCCUUUAAGGUAUUAACUUUGAACUAUGUACAGGUUCUCCUUUUAUUUACUCCCUUUUUUAAUAUCAGUCAUUAUAUACUAACUGAAAGCCCCCGUGCCUAGCACUGUGUUAAAUAUCCAAGAAAGCUUAUAAGAAUGGGAGGGGGUUCCAUUUGAUGAGAGCACCUUAUAAUCUUAAGUCUUGUAAUAAUCUCAAAAGUAGUCCAGAUCUUCUCUUGUCCUCGCUCAAAACAUACCUAGAAAAUCUACUUGGUUUUUCACAUGAGCUAUUUUAUUUAGAAAUGGCUCAUUUGCUCAACUGGUAGUUUUCCCUGUUGAUGCAUGUUUCUUUCUAGAGAAUUAACCAUCUUAAAAUCAGAGCUUCAGUUAUAUAUGAUGGACAUGGACGAUAACACUGGGCAUCCACCUCUCUCCUAAGUUCUGAGCACAGUUUUGGGAUGAUGUAGGUGGGGAGAGUGUUUUCUUUUUCCUUCGUGCUAAUAAUUGUUUUAGGAGGAGAAAGAAUGACAAACAAAAAGGGGACAUGGGAAGUUCUUUCUACUUUUGCUACCUGAGUUUGCAUCUUCUGACUUCUUUAAACUGAUGUACUCUUUUCCCAUUGAGGGAAAUAAAACCUACAUGUUUCAAAUUUUAUUUGCUUUAAGCCAUGUGUUCUAAGAAAGUAAACACCCUCAGAGAGCUGGUUUGUAAACACUUUUACAUGAUACGGAUUUUCAUCAUGCCUUGUGUAUGACAAGCUCUGCAGCUUUGAUAUCAUCACUGUUGUAUAAGGCAGAGUGCUGUCCCCAAACCUGUCACUUCUUAAGUGGCAUAUAACUAUUUCCAGGAUGCUGUGGCAUCGCUAAACAGAUGCUUUUCUUAGUCUCAGCUUAAGGGCUGUCACAUAGGAGUAGAGAAUGUGGAACGGGGAGAAGACAUAUUAGAGAAGAAGCUUGAGAAUGGGAGAGAGGCAGACAAGAGACCUGUCGCUUUGCUUAUCCCACUUCAACACUGAACAAAUUUCUGCACUUUUGAAGAAGUGAUUUACCUAGUUUUAAAUAGAAAUGAUUUUUUUAGGUAGCCCAUUGUUUUUGUUUCCUAGUUUGUUUAAACAUUUAGAACUGUAUGAAGUAUUGUUGUGCCCAUGCCUUUGAAUAAUUUUUGACCUAGCUAAUCUUCAUAAUAUCAAGUGUGAAAUGAGUCAGACAUUUAUUCAAAUACCAGUCUGAUAAUGAAACCUGUCACAGUGUCCCAUAUCAGAGACUUGUUCAAUUAAAUGUUAGGAAGUCCUGUUAUUUGCAUUCGGAGGGUUCUGAUACCAUCAUAGCAUAAAUAUGGUAGGAAGGCAGUAUACAGGUGGCAUACUCUUAGGUUGUGUUUACAUGUUUGUGAGCCGUUUUGGAAAGAAUAAACUAUUAUAGAUGGAUGUGAAUGAUGCUGUCCUCACAGCCCUAUUGAGUAGCUGAAAUCCUGAUUGGACACACUGUUAAAAAGUUGUAAAGACAUUUUAAACUAGAACCAUGUGAUUAUAUACUGUGGUUUGAAGAUCCUCACCCUUAAUGACUGGCAGGAAUGCAUGCUGCCUGUGUGUGGCUGGCCCUGAGCCUGAGCCGAGAGCCUCAGAGGGCCUCCCCUACUGCUUCCCUCCCCUACUGCUUCCCUUCCCUCAAGCCUGUUCUAGGCCCGUGAGAACCGUGGGAAAACUUCUUAGAGACCUUUGCCUGAAAAUCCUUAGAGAGGAUUUUGUAGUAGAGUUAAUUUUAGGAAGGCAGUUGGGGCAGGACUUUCUAAGACCUAAUGGUCAUGUUUCAGUGAAACCUUUGGGCAGUGGAAACUGGCCCAUCAACGCACAAUGUUCAGUCUGUUUCCUGUGCACCAUCUAUGUAGCUGGGCCUCGAGGAGGGUUUUCCAGGGGGAAGGACAGGGAAGUGGAGGAAGAGACAAACAGGAGGAAAAGCAUUCCAGACCCAAGGGGAUAGUACAGUUAACGGAGUGAGGGUGUGUAGUAUAGAUAUGACCUUCAGUAGUUCAAAAUAAUAUGGUGUAAUGGUUGGAUCCCAGUUACAGCAGUAAGAUUCGCCUGUAAUCACACUCAUUCUUUCACUCUCUAUCAAAUGAUCCUGCCCUAGGAGGACUUCCUGCCCCUAAAAGGACUAUUAAUAAAUAGUUCCAGUGAUAUAUAAGUUAGUGAUUUUUGACUUCAAAGAAAGGUGGCAACCAUUGUACUUGGAGAGUAUCUGUCAAAAACUCAAAGGUUAAUUAUUAUAAUUGAGUUAUUGGAAUUAUAGAGGACAGUAUCCAUUUUCAGAUACCACAGUUGAACCAAACUUGUAGAUUGUUAUAAAGGCAUUUUAAGAUAGUAUUUUAUUUGUUAGGUUGUAUCUAAGAAUUGGAUGACUAGAGAGCUAUAGCUUGCUUGUUAUUAGUAUGGAUUUCAACAGAAGCCUACCUCUAUUUCUUUGAUGCACAGUAGUGUGGAUCAUGAAAUGAACUGUUUAAUUCACAUUCAUCAAUAUUGGUAUUUUAUGAGUCUAUUUAAGAGCAUUUGAUUUAAUCUUAAAGAUUGUGAUCCAGUUUAGAUAAGCACAAAUACAGUAUUAGAAAAAUAAAUAUGCAAUCUUACUAAAGUUUAAUUUCAACCUAUUAUAAACUGUACAUCUUAAAAAAAUUCUUUGGGAAGAUAUUCCUUUUUUGUUAGUUCAUAAUAUGUACCACUAUAUAGUUUCCUUCAUACCAGCAAUACAAGCCAUUUCUUCAAUAAUAAUAAAAAAAAUGUUGAAAAUUAUAUUAUCUUCUUUGGAAAAAGUUUCCUAAAUUUUUAAGAAUUUAAAGUUUUACAUAUUAUUUUUUAGAGCUUAUUUAAUCUAUUUUAAAAUAAUACUAUGAGAAAGCUUUUUUUGAAAGUUGUAAAGCACUAAUACAAAUUAGCGUCAUUUUCCAGAGCGCGGUGUUUGGCUUUUUCUGAACUUUCACUUGAACUCACAGACAUUAAAAGGGAGCGGUCUCCCUCCUCCUCAGCUCUGAGGCCCAGCUUCUCUAAUGAAAACCCCAUUCUGCUCGAACUCAUGAACACACACCUCUUCAGUGCCAUGUUUAUAGGUCCUUUUAGGAAAGGUUUUCCUUGAAUGUUUCAUUUUUUUCUUUUUUUAUAGCUUGUGAACAUUUAAUUUUAUUUAAAGAUGACAAUUUUAAUCUCAGAUGUUGGAGAAGAGGGUACAUUAGAGAAGUAUUUGUUCCCACUGCUUUUGAAAAGUAUAAUUGCUCUCUGUGAUAUUGAUGUCAGUAUGAAUCCAUAGAAAGAAAACCUUUACAAGGGUCCUAAAAUAUAUUGUUGGAAAGAAGUCUAGUGAUGAAUUUUAAGUCAGAAAAAAGAACUUAAUAUAAAUUUAACAUACUGUUCUGCUAACAUGGCAUAGUUUUAAAUAUAAGCGGAAGUCAGUAAGUCCUUUGAGACCGCCUACUUCAACUGACUCCAGUCAUCAUCUUAAGAAUUGAUAGUAGCCAUCAGUUAUUGGCUGAAAAGUUAUGCUCUAGGGACUAUUAUCAGUGUUAAACCCAUGUUUUGUGGAGCUUUAAUUAAUGGAGGUGAAGAAGUUGGUGUUUAUAGAUAGUGGUGGGCCUGGUAGUGAAAUAAGCGUGAAUCUGUUCUAGAAAGAAGGAACUUUUUUUAGUUUUGCCUCAAGCAAACCAGAAGUGUCCAUUGCUUAAAAUCUUUAUUUAGAAUGUGUUGUUAAAGUCUUAAUUCUUUUUGUUUUAGGUAGUACUAAAUAGUCUACUUCAGUAGUAAAUAAUAGAUGAACAUAAUCAUUAAAUUAACAUGAAAGAAGAUAAAACGCUGGUUGGGGGGGCUGGGCGUUUUACUUGCAGUUGGUGAUUUAGUGGCGUGUGACACCUUCAGCCCUUCCUUUGCUUUUAAUCUGUUCCAUCUUCUGAAUACACAGUAUGGAGCCUCUACUACUCAAAAAGCUGAUUUUGGUUUAAAUCAUCUUUAAGGUACCUCCCAGCUCUAAAACUAUGAUUCUCGGCCACAUAAUGGGGUAUUUUUAAAGUUGCUUCUACUUAAUUCUCUUUCCCUUUGGAACGGUUCAUUACAUACUAAGAGCUUUUGCUAAAAGAUAAAUGUUAAGCAUCCAUUUCCUGGGCCACCUGCAGUUUUUGUUCUCUUAACGGUUUAAACUAGAGAAGGAAAAUUGUACAGACAAGCAAAUGAGGGCAUUUUUGUAAAUGCUUCCUACUAGUUAACCACUGAACAUACAAACACAUAUGAACAUUGUCAUUCAUGCAUUUAUCCAUUCAUUUAGCAAACCAUUUGAACACUUACUAUGUGCAGCGUGUGGUAUACAUGACUUAAGGAACUGCUAAUAAGUACACAAAAUCUUCCCAAACAAUUCUGAUUGUGGCUUUAAACAAACAUGGACAUUAUUAUUACUAUUACUUACUGUACUGAAUGUAAAGUUGGAACUGAGAAGGAAAUUUUUAUGUACUGGGUAAAUAAAAGUAUUAAGCUAGAUGACAUCUAAGGGGUCAGAAUGAAUCACAGCACAAUAUUCCUAAAACACAUUUCACAUACAAAUCAUAGUCAGUCAUAUACCUGAUUAUUGGUUACACAAUCCAGGGUACCUGAUAAGGAUUUACAUUUUGAGACUGUUGUGACAGCUCAUAUUUCUCAGAAUUAUUUUGACCCUUGAAUCUAUUCCAGAGGUGUUACUAUACAGGGUGUUUGACAGAACAAUACAAAGAAAGAAGCUGGUGCUGAUUUACUAUACAUUUGUAACUACAAAAGCUUUACACCCAGUAUUGACAGUGGAGUAACUUUCUAAAACUGAAAAGUCUCAAAGGAGAAUCUCGCUAAACAGGUUUGUUUUUUAUUGUCUUUUGUUGAUAAAGCAAGAAAUUACACAAAACUUAUUAUUACAAAUAUACCUACUUUUUAGAAAACACAUGUAUUACAUAGUUAAAAAGGUUUCCUUUAAAAUGCAGAACUGGUCAACAUAAAACCAUUCCAUGCUUGAAUUGACAACUAUUUGGGGAAUAAAUAUUGAAUGGCAUUAGCUGGGUAGUUUCCUAACCACUUGGGGGUUCUGUGAAAUGUUCUAAUUUCUGUUGUUCCAGCAAUACAGAUUAACAUCAUGCUAGCAUUCUCCAUAAAAAUACAAAAUGAAAAUAUCUUUUUUUCUCACCCCCUCAAAAUAAAAAUACCUAAUAUUAAAAAAGAUCUUUUUUAUGCAUCACCGUUGCAGCUUUUAAAGCAGGAAAAUGUCCCAGUACAUGUUAGAUUAGAAUCUAAAACUGAUUGAAAAUAGAACACUGACAUCCAAGUAACCAAAUAGUCUGGGUUUAAAAGAAUUUGCCAUGGUCCUCGUUAAAAUUUACUUUUAAAAUGUUUUAAUUCACCUAAUUUUUCAAAUAUUUUAUGGUGUUAAAUAUCUAUAGCAUACUUUUUGUAUAUGUAUUCUUGAAUUUUAAAAAAAGCUGAUGCAGUGUGCAUAAUUACAGAUGUCUGAUUGCCAAUACACUUAAGAUUCCCAGUCACCUCAUUCAGAAGCUUGGUCUUUUUUCCACAGGAAAAAAAAAAGUCAAAGUGAGUUCUAAAAACUAUCCUCAGAGUGAGGAGUGAGCUGUGGUGAAGGCUGGAGUUGUAGACACAGUGUGUGGAGAGGUACUGACAGGAGAGGCGAGGGUGGGCAUUUCAAGCCUCUGUUAAAUUACUGCUUUUUGUCUUCUUGCUUGUUAAAAAAAAAUGUUACUUUGUUGAUUUAACAAAGGCAGAUUGUUGUAAUUUUUUUUUUCUGAUGCUUCAAGCACACAUUAACUGAUUUUUAAAUUCCUUUUGGUUCCUCCCAUUGUUCUAAAAUAGGACUUUCAUAUUACUAAAACCUCAAAAGCUCAUCUACCCAGGUUGAACAAAGCAUCACCAAGGGGAAAGGAAACCUUUUUUACUUUUACAGAAAACAGAUGUUAAGAUUAUAUAUAGAUGUAUUCUUUCCAUUGGAUAUUGUAUUAGAGUCCUCCUUACAGGAAAUGAAAUAGUUUUAGCACUCUUAGCAUUAGCGUUCCUAGAUUGGUGUCUAUAGCUACAGUUUUAAAAUGUAUAACCUGAAAAUGAAGUUAAUUUUGCAUUAUAAGAGCACACCAUGAUCUAUGUAAAAAGACUGUCCAUUUGGUGUAUUUUUUUAAAAGAGAAAGCACUUUCAUAAUAACAAGUAGCAUGUGUAUGAAUUUUAGAUUUUCAUAUUUGUUGUGUCUGUAUUCAGUGAAGUAAAAUUGAACAUUCAAAUGUUUGUUGACGGCAACAUUAACUGUUAAAUUAAAGCACCUUAUACUCUGCUGCUUAAACUUGCUUGUAAUUGCACCUUUGUUACCUGCACAUUUUCAUAUAGAAUAUUGUUGUUAACAUUGCCUCAUGUGGGUCUGGAUGGAAGGUUAGUGGGCCUACAGGAUCAUUUAUUUAUAUUGUUUAUAUUACAAUAAUAUAUUGUAGACCAGUUGUAAGUUCAUUUCUUUACAAAUAAAAGCCUCUUCCAUUUGGCUGGUC